UCGAUGGGGACUCGAAAUUGCACUCCAUGCUCCGAGCCAUUCCACACCUCCCACCGCGGCAGGAUUGGCGCAUCUCGCGAGCCUCUCGCAUUCGGGAGAUCGUCGGAGGCGACGAAUACGACUCGAACCUCGUGCGCAUUGGACCUCUGCAUCGACGUGAUGCUCGGUGGGAUUAUGGUUUUGUCGUCGCGAUCAAAAUGCUGCACCUCCGCAGCUUGAUUCUUCGAGGCCAUGCCUCCUCCGAAGAGAGCGAGGUGGUGACAAAGUACUUGCGCUGCAUCGAGGGGAUGGCUGACGCCACUCUCCAGCGCUACGAUGCGCAGGAGUGCCACUUUGCUGACCCCAAAGAGCUUGUAGAGAUGAUGGUGUUCGACGGUUGCUUCAUCAUCGAGGUGAUCAUCAAGUACUGGAUGGGGAAGACAAGGGAGUACUUACCGCCGCUCGACAUCGACUUUGUCGAGUCGGACUUGAUAUUAUUUGAGAACCAAAUCCCUUUUUUCAUCCUUGAGGAGCUGUUCAGCAUCACCGUCGUCCCCGAGCUCGCGACCGAAGGUGGAGGCCGAGAGCUCCUCAAAAACCUGGCAUUGUUUUACCUCACUAGAGGAGCAGCAAAACAAGUGCCGGAAGGCUACAACGGGCCAAUCUAUCAUCUCCUGCAUUUGCUACAUAUAUCGCUUUGCGUGCCGCCUCAAGUGCCGUCGCCCCUAGUGUUCAUGCCGAGAAAGAUGAAGUUGCUGUGGAGGGUAAUGAGGAGGCGCUCCCGGGCUGCAUCGGUGAGUUGGUUGCUGUGGAAAGUGAUGCCUCCGGCGCGAGAGCUCCAAAGGCUCGGGGUGAGGUUCAAGCCGAAGAUGACACACCAAUUCGCCAACGUUACAUUCGACGACCGAAAUGGCACGUUAGAGAUCCCUCCCUUGUCUUGUAGCCAGUUCCACCGGCGCUUGGCGAGCAAUCUAGUGGCGAUGGAGUUGGAACAAAGUUGGCCGUCGACGGAGCGACACUUCUGCAGCUACGCGAUGUUCUUGAAGGAGCUUAUCACCACGGAGGAGGACGUGGCGAUGCUCGUCGACAGGAGGAUUCUCGUAUGCAGCGUGCAGGAAGGGUGGCGUGGGGUGCAGCACUUUGCCAGUCUCGCGAGGCUUAACCUUGGCGGCGAGUAUCAGCGCCAUUUCGAAGAGCUGAUCCGUGCAGUGAACAGAUACUACGAGCACGCGAGCAAGGCUAUGCGAGCCGUCUACUUCUGUUAAUGAGCCAUGAAUCGCCGAACUUAAGAAAUUAUCGCAAAUGAUUUUCUACAAAAGAGUGAAAUAAAUAGCGAUCAAUCAUCAUACGGUUGGAGAAUGACCAAUUCGCUCGUCCGAAAUAUAGUUGCAAUGCAGGGUUUCGCCUCAUUUGGUUUGCUUAGUAAUAAAUAAGGAAUUCGUUUGUUACUUCGUGUUUGAAUAAAUAGAUAUAUUAUUUAUGAAUGUUUGCCAUUG